AAGUGGGAGGGCCCCCUGGCGCAUGCGCAGGCACACACAAGACGGUUACGCGCAAGCAAGCACACAAACGCGGUGGGCUCAGAAGACUCGAACGCGAAGUCAACUUUUCCUCACUCGACGCACGUCUUUUCUCUGAGAGAGUUACGCAUGUCGCUCAACUCACAACAUUAUUAGGCACAGGUGGACUCGGAGAUGGCGCCCCUCAUGCACCCCGCUUUUUUGCCAUUAGUUUCGGCCCUGGUGCAGGUCCUGCUUCUGUUGUCGGCACAGGAGGCCCCGAGCGGCGUGAACGUUUUCAAUCUGCACCCGCCGUACUUCAACCUGGCCGAGGGAACCAAAAUAACUGCCACCGCCACCUGCGGGGAGGACGAGACUGGAAAGAGCGUGCUCGACCUCUACUGCAAGUUGGUCGGCGGGCCGGUGUCAGGAGACCCAGGCCACACCAUCCAGGGUCAGUACUGUGACAUCUGUCACCACGGUGACACCGACCGGGCCCAUCCCAUCACCAACGCCAUUGAUGGCACUGAGCGAUGGUGGCAGAGCCCUCCUCUGUCACGCAGCACGAAGUUCAACCAAGUCAAUGUCACGCUGGAGCUCGGACAGCUCUUCCAUGUGGCCUACAUCCUCAUCAAGUUUGCCAACUCCCCUCGUCCAGACCUGUGGGUUCUGGAAAGGUCCGUGGACUUUGGGCAGACAUAUCAUCCAUGGCAGUACUUUGCCUCUUCCAAGCAAGACUGCAUCGAACACUUCGGACAGAAAACCAUUGAGAGGAUCUACAAUGACAACGACAUCGUUUGCACAACUGAAUAUUCCCGAAUUGUUCCUUUGGAAAAUGGGGAGAUUGUAGUGUCGCUGGUGAACGGGCGUCCUGGAGCGAUGAACUUCUCCUACUCCCCUGUGCUACGUGACUUCACCAAGGCCACUAACAUCCGCCUGCGCUUCCUACGCACCAAUACGCUGCUUGGACAUCUGAUGGGGAAAGCCCUGCGAGAUCCCACUGUCACACGCAGGUACUACUACAGUAUCAAGGACAUCACCAUUGGUGGGCGCUGUGUGUGUAAUGGACACGCUGAAGCAUGUAAUGCUCAGGACCUCAACGAUCCACACAAGCUGCAGUGCGAAUGUCAGCACAACACCUGUGGUGACUCAUGUGACCAGUGUUGCCCUGGAUACAACCAGUUACCAUGGAAGCCAGCCACCACUUUUAAUUCCAAUGAGUGUGAACCAUGCAACUGUCACCACCACUCAUUUGACUGCUUCUACGACACUAAUGUGGCCCAGCGGCACGGCAGCCUUGAUAUCCGCGGACAGUACCAAGGGGGUGGAGUCUGCCUCAAUUGUCAGCAUCACACAACCGGCGUUAACUGUGAGCGCUGUGUCCUUGCCUACUACAGAGCCCCAGGCAUACCCCUUGACUCACCGGUAGUCUGCACACCCUGUGACUGUGAGUCUCCAUUUCUGGACGGCACAUGUGAGGACAUGACGGGUCGUUGCUUCUGCAAGGAAAACUACAUUGGCAACAACUGUGACCAAUGUGCUGAUGGCUUUGUCAACUUCCCAGAGUGUUACCCAGCAUUCCCCAUGUAUCCUAACAACAACGGCGAAGCAAAACCAGCUGGAGAGAUCAUUAACUGUGAGUGCAGUGCGGCCGGCACCAUUAACAAUUCAUGCAGACCAAAUCCACAAAGCAGAACAUGCGUGUGCAAGCCUGGAUUCACUGGUGAACACUGUGACUCAUGUGCGCUGGGCUAUCACGGACUCAACUGCCAGGUGUGUCAAUGUUCAGGUCCGGGUUGCUUGGAUGGUUCCUGUGACACAGUAAUGGGUCACGGUGUGUGUCGUAUCGGUUUCCACGGUUACCAUUGUGACCAAUGUGCACCAGGCUACUUCAACUACCCUUUGUGUCAAUUGUGUGGUUGCAGUUCAGUGGGCUCACUGGCUGAUGUAUGCGACUCUUCUGGUCGCUGUCUGUGUAAAGUGGAAUUCCAGGGUCUUCGGUGUGAACAUUGCCGAUCUGGAUUCCACUCUUACCCCAAUUGUCAAGCAUGCACCUGUGACCCUCGUACCUCAUUCAAUAACAGCUGCACAGCAUCGGGUCAGUGCCACUGUCGACCUAACUACAGCGACACCUCAUGUGACCAAUGUGCAUCCGGUUACUAUGGCUACCCCACUUGCACACCGUGCCAGUGUUCCGCAGAAGGUUCCCGCGACAACAGCUGUGAUCAAGCAACUGGUCAAUGUCUAUGUCGACACAAUGUUCAUGGCCUCCGCUGUGAGAGUUGCAUACGGAACACCUAUGGCUUCCCAGACUGUAAAGUAGGCACAUGUCAUCCUGCUGGUUCCGUACAUUCCGUCGUUCCUCCUCCUUUGGGCCAUUGUGAGUGUCGUGACAGCGUGGAGGGUUUCGCCUGUGACCGCUGUAAACCUCUGUACUGGAACCUGUCCCCCAACAUUCUUGAGGGAUGCACCAAGUGCGAGUGUAGCAUUGCCGGGACACUGAGCAGUGUCGCCGAGUGCACACAGGAAAGUGGUCAGUGUCACUGCAAGCCAAACACCUGCAAUGGCGCCUGCGCCACUUGUAAAGAUGGCUUCUACAACUUGAAGGAGCACAGCUACUUUGGCUGCCAGAGCUGCCAGUGUGAUAUCGGUGGCUCUGAGGGUCAAACCUGUGACAAGCAGAGCGGCCUCUGUCGCUGUCGACCCAAUGUGCACGGACCCAAAUGCAAUUUGGCUGCUGUGGAUCAUUAUUUCCCCGACCUUCACCACCUCAAAUUUGAGAUCGAAGAGGGCACCAUUGUGGACGGCCGACCAGUGCGCUUUGGCUAUGACCCCAUCAAAUUCCCUGGCUUCAGCUGGAGGGGUUACGCUCAAAUGUCCACCAUCCAGUCCAAGGUGCUGUUGCCGGUGUGGGUGGUCUCUCCAGACCUAUUCCGGAUGGUGAUGCGCUACACCAACAUGGGGGGCGUUGAUGUCCGGGGUCGGGUGUCAGUGCUGGAGGACGAUGGGAAAAACGUCUGCGCCAACUGUUCCGAGCAGUCCAAAGAGAUUGUCUUCAGUGCAAGCACAGCGCCAACCUUUGUCAACAUUCCCCAGAACAAUUUUGUGGAACCUUUUGUUCUCAACCCUGGAAAUUGGACUGUGCUCAUCGAGGCUGAAGGAAUUCUGCUGGAUUUUUUGGUCCUUCUACCGAGCGCUUACUACGAGGCUCCCGUCCUGCAAAUGCAUGUCUCAGAGCCAUGCAUGUUCAACUCUCCAUUGGAUGCCAGCCACAACUGUCUACAGUACACGUACUUGUCUCUUGAAGCCUUUCCUUCCCUGUCUGGGAAUGAUGCUGGUUGUCGCCAUGACAACCAACUGCCGCACCCCUGCCCCAGUGAAAGGCUCACCCUUCACCAUCCCGACAUGGCUGUCUGCAGGGGCAAUGACAUCAAUGUGGAAAUGCGAACAAAUGUGAAGACUGAUGUCUAUGUACUGGUGGUGGAGUACGCCAAUGUGGAGGAGUCACCACAAAUGCUUGCUGUAACCUUUAAUUUGCCAACAGUUCAAAGGCAACAACAUAGUGUUACUCUGAUCCACUGCACUUUCAGCUUCCUGUGUCGAGCGGUUGCUGUCGAUGAACACAAACGAGUAGCACGCUUCUCUCUGCCCGGUGACACGGAACUACAGCUGUCUGCUGAGAACGCCAGCUUUUUCCUGCACAAAAUCUACCUUGUUCCUCAUGAGCACUUCUCCAUGGAAUAUGUGGAGCCAAAGGUCCUUUGCAUCAGCACACAUGGACAGUUCUCCAAUGACGGCUCCUCCUGCGUCCGCUCACGGUUUCAGACACCAUCAAAUUCACUGGUCUUAAAGGAGGUUCAGAGUUCCAGCUGGAAGGGGCCAAACAUGGCUUCCCUUGCCAUCGCCCUCCCCCUUCUCAUUCCCCAGAGGCACCAAUCACCCUGGGCAGCAGCAAACCAACCCCCUCAGGCAGUGGAGAAUGGCGACUAUGUCAGACUGGACUCGCAGCAGAAUGCAGCAUUGUACUCUACUCAUGUCCACACACUAGGACGCUAUGUCUUCAUUCUCCACUAUCAUCAACCUCUGCACCCCGCUUACACCAUCCAGGUUGAUGUCAAUGGUGGUCGCAUUUGGAAAGGCUCCGUCAAUGCCUCCUUCUGCCCACACACCUACGGCUGUCGGAAUGUCCUCGUGUCGGAAAACAAGAUCAUCCUCGAUCUGAGUAACCAUGAACUCUUCCUCAGCGUACAGAUUCCUGUGGGUAAAACACUGUGGCUGGACUAUGUGCUUGUGGUUCCUGAGUCUAGCUACAGCUAUAGCUAUCUGAGUGAGGAACCUCUGGACAGAUCCUAUGACUUUAUUAACAACUGUGGCCAAAGAAGCUUCUUCAUCGAUCCGUCAAGGAUGUCGUCCUUUUGCCUACGUGCUGCCAUGUCACUGUCUGCCUUUGUCAACAAUGGCUCACUGCCGUGCAUGUGUCAUGAGGUCGGCGCCAAGAGUAACUCCUGUGAACCAUUUGGUGGUCAAUGCCAUUGCCGGCCCAACGUGAUUGGUCGAGACUGCUCUAUGUGCGCCACGGGGUAUUGGGGCUUCCCCGACUGCAGGCCGUGCAACUGCGGCACCAGGCUGUGUGACACCAUGUCAGGAGAAUGUAUCUGCCCGCCGCGUACCAUGCUGCCUGAGUGCACACAGUGCGAGCCACAGACAUUUGGCUGCCACCCAGUCUUUGGGUGUGAGUUGUGCAACUGCUCCCGGCCCGGAAUCCUGGUGACCGACGUCAGCUGUGACACGCUUAGUGGACAGUGCAGAUGCAAGAACAAUGUGGUGGGACGGCAAUGUGACCGCUGUGCAUCUGGAUUCUAUGGUUACCCAAAUUGCCAACCUUGUGACUGCAAUGAGGCAGGAACAGAGAAAGAAGUGUGCAACUCCUUCACAGGACAAUGCCGCUGCAAGGAGAAUGUACAAGGCUCUCGCUGUGACCAGUGCAGAAUUGGUACAUUCCAUUUAGACCCUACCAACCCUAAAGGUUGCACCACCUGCUUCUGCUUCGGUGCCACGGACCGCUGCAGGAGUUCAGACAAGAGAUACAGCGAGAUCCAAAACAUGGAAGGCUGGUUUCUACUGAGUGCAGACAAAAACAAAGUGCCAGUCAAUGUAUAUCCGGACCAGGACCUGUUGGAGGCUGAUCUGAGCAACAUUCCUGAUGUGUAUCAGGAGCUUCACUGGUAUGCUCCCAAGACCUACCUGGGAGACAAGGUGUCGUCUUAUGGAGGUUACCUGAGAUAUACUCUUCACACGCAGACCAUGAGAGGGGAUGUCUGGUCUCUACCUGCAGAACCUCCCAAACAUGACAUCGUCCUCAAGGGCAACCAGAUGACGGUGGUGUUCUUGGAGCAUGAAUAUUCUUCUCCAGAGGAGCCGCAUUUGGGAAUUGUACACAUGGUUGAGGGAAGUUUCCGGCAUGCUCACACUGGCAACUCAGUAUCCAGGGAGGAGCUUAUGAUGGUUUUAGUGGCUCUGGAGUCCCUGCAGAUCCGAGCUCUUCAUUCCCACUUGGCCCACUCAGUGUCGCUGCGUCGCGUCAUACUGGAGGGUGCGGAGAGCUUGCCUGCUGGACGCCAUGCCAACAAUGUGGAGCUCUGCAUGUGUCCUGCUAACUACUUGGGAAAUUCCUGCCAGAAAUGUGGUCCAGGUUUCUAUCGGGACACCAUUGGACUCUUCCUGGGGAAAUGUGUGCCUUGCAACUGUCAUGGACAUUCUGAUCACUGUUUAGAUGGCUUAGGAAUUUGCAUGAACUGCGAACACAACACCACUGGCAACCACUGUGAGAAAUGCCAGGGUGGUUUCCUCAGCAACAGCAGUUUGGAUAGAACGAUGCUGUCGUGUUCCAGUUGCCCAUGUCCACUUGCAGUGCCGUCCAACAAUUUUGCUCUAGGUUGUGUGCAGAAGAACGAGCGCAUGCAUUGCAUGUGCAUGCCUGGUUAUGCUGGGCUGCAAUGUGAAAGGUGUGCCCCCGGUUACUACGGUAACCCUAUGGUGCUGGGCAGCAAAUGCCAGCAAUGCAAUUGCCAUGGCAACACGGACCCCAACAUGCUUUUCACCAACUGCCACCCUGUGACAGGCGAGUGUUUGAGCUGCAUGAACAACACAACCGGGUCUCACUGUGAUGAGUGUGCUCCUGGCUACCACGGAGACGCCAUCUCUGCAAAAAACUGCACCCAAUGCAGUUGUUCACCGUGUGGCACCAUGUCAUGUGAUCCUCACACUGGGAAGUGCCGCUGCAAACCAGGAGUGAGCGGACCACAAUGUCAACGCUGUCAGGACGGCUUCUUUGGUUUUGAGUCAUGUGCUGGGUGUCGUCCAUGCGACUGUGGUGCCUCGGCACCGCUGGUGGAGCCUUGUGACUCUCAGAGCGGGCAGUGCAAGUGCCAGCCCGGAGUCAACGGCCCCAACUGUCGCCAAUGUUCUCCUGGAUACUGGAACUAUGGAGCUGGCGGAUGCAAGAAGUGUGACUGUAAGGGCGGACCCUGCGACCCACGGACUGGAGAGUGCCGCUGCCGGGACGGCAUGAUUGGAAAACAGUGUGAUGCUUGUUCGGAUGAAUACAACAUUCCUGUUGUGCAUGGUUACAACCUGCACUGCGAAGCAUGUGAGAGCUGCGUCAUUGUUCUGCUGGAGGAUCUGCACGAGAACGACUUUGACUUACUUGCUGUCCAUCUUCUCAACCUCAACGCCAGCGCAAUGGCCUGGAUGCAGCUGGGCAAGCUCAACGUAUCUAUGAAUGAUAUCCCCGUGAGUUUCACACACACGCAUCACGCAAAUAAGAAGUACAACGAUUCAUUGAAUGGCAGCUGCCAUCAGAUCAACAUACUGGAUGACGAGAUUGUAAACAUCAGCGCAGACAUGGACAUGCUGCAGGACAAGAUGCCAACAACGGCCCACCAACUCCAUGAUCUGGCAAACAGCACCUCCGAUACUCACCAGAGGGCUCAAGACCUGCUGGCCUUUAUCCACGUGGUGGCCAUGGAUCUUUAUGAUUUGUUGCGGAUAGCCAAUGGAUCGCUGAACCACACAAAAAUAGAUCAUAGCAUAGGGGAUCAGGAGAGGAAGACAAGGGAAGUGGAGGCCAUGUUGGACAUGUUGAGGAGCAGAAGCUGCGUGGGACAGAAGAAAAUAGCUAACCAGGAAAAAACUGAAGCGGAAAAAGUGUUGGAGUGUGUGGACGAGGUCAUGAGGCGUCAUCAAGAGGAGAACAAGAAUGCAGUUGAAUCCGCCAAAGAAUACCUGUCCCGCUUCCAUUCCGACAUGAUGGCGUUACAGGGCGUUCUGAACAAGGCAAUCAACAAAACAUCCCGAGCUACCGAGGUCAACAACAGCAAUCAGAAGACACUGGAGGACACCAAGAGCAAAGUGGAUGUUUGGACAUUGAAACGCAAGGAUGUAGACAAACAGCUGCACAUCAUGGAAGACCAUGUGGCUCAAGUCAAUGAGCUGCCGUCCAUGCUACAUGACUCCAAAGAGGUUUAUGAGCGUUUGGCAGCACAGCUGGACGGCGCCUGGACACCAUUGGCCAAAAAGGUGGAGGACUUCUCUUGGGCCCACUCCAAGAUAUCUCUGCUCGAGGAAGCUGACCACCAUGCUAAGAUCCUCCGUACUUUAGCAAUGAAUCUGUCCAAAUUUGUGGAGGAGACAAAGAGUGAGGUUUUGGUGGACUUUACCAAGGUCUACACCAAAAUCAUCAGUGGUAUCAAAGCAGCUGAGGAGGCAGCACAUGAGGCGGAUAAAGUCACAAGCAAGGCGCUGGAGAAUGUUGGAGACCAGAACCUCAGCCACACAGCUGACUCCCUGAGGAACCGCAGUUUAGAGCUGAAGAAGGAAGUGGAAAAACGUCUUCAAAAACUCACCAAUGAGUUAAAACCUCACCUGGAAGAAGCAUGGAAGCGACUGAAUGAUGCCAAAACCAAACAAAGUAAAGUGGCUACAGACCUCAACACUGUCCAGAACAACCUGAACUCCUCCUCCAGUAUGCAUGACCCAAGUCAACAUCUCGACGCAGCACAGGAAGUACUGUAUCAGGCCAAUCAGUCUGCCUCACAAGUCAAUGUCAUACUGAAUCCAGUCAGAGAGCAUCUAGUCCAAUGGCAGCAAACUUACAGUGCCACCAACACCACAACCAAGGAUGUCAACGAGGCUCUAUUGGAGGCCAAAAAGACAGUGAGCAUGCUGGACGACACAAUCCCACUCCUCCUGAACAAGCUGAACAAACUGCACAACCACUCAGCACAGAUGCCAAACAUCUCGGAGAACAUCAACCGCAUCCGACAGCUCAUCCACCAGGCACGGAAUGCCGCUAGCAAGGUGAACAUUCCUGUCAAGUUCAGCGGCGCAUCAGGAAUUCAAGUGCGCACCCCACCGAACUUGGCUGACCUUGCGUCCUACACCUCUCUCAAGUUCUACAUAACAUUGCCCGAGGCGGCGUGGUCCCACCAGCAAGACAACAGUGCCAAGCAGUUUGUCUUUUACCUCGGCAACAAGGAUUCCACUAAGGACUUCCUGGGAAUGGCGCUGGAUGGGAGGAGACUGCGCUGGUACUUCAACAUUGGAGGAGAAAUGGCAGAAGUGUUCAUGUCUGAGAAUGUUCAGUCCAAUGGAAACUUUAACAGUGUUGUCCUGGAGAGGAUCCUGCAGUACGGUCAGAUGUCCAUGUCCUCGGAGGCCUCUGAAGGCGACCAUCGGAUCACUAAAGCCUAUGUGGAGGCAGGAGGAGAUCAGGGUCUUCUCAACCUCUUAAUCAAUGACACAGUCUUCUAUGUGGGGGGAUACCCCACCACGUUCAAACCCCCUCCACCGCUGGCCCUGCCAAACUUCAGGGGCUGCAUGGAGUUGGACACACUGAAUGAGGAAGUGCUCAGCUUAUACAACUUUGAGAACGUCUUCCAUCUGAACACCACACAGCAUAAGCCGUGCGGGAGGUCAAAGCCGGCACUGACACAGGCCUGGGUGAACGACGCUGCGUACUUUGACGGCACAGGCUUCGCUGAGAUCUCCUUCAGUGAUGAGUCGGCACGCAUGCAACGUUUUGAGCAGGAAGUCAAACUUAUUUCCCAGAAAGGAAUUUUGCUUCUGCUUCACAACAGAGAUGGGUUCCUGUGUCUGGCCGUGGUCCGAGGCCACCUAAAGGUUUUCUUCCAGUUUGGCGGUGAGAUGGAGGAGUUUCAGCCCAAAGACCCCACCUCCCCGCUCCUCAGGGUCACCGAUGCUCGUCCCAAAGUGUUGGAGAUCAUCAUCCUGCGAUCUCCUCCGUAUCGAGUUGUAGUGAGGAGCAACCGCAUUGCGCUCUUCACACACCUUUUCUCUGAGAACAUCCCAGCCUUUGCACACACAUACUUUCUGGGAGGAGUCCCCGAACACAACAUGCCUAACAGAUUGCAGCUCAUGUUUCCCGAGCAGGGAUCUCUGAAGGGAUGUUUCCGAAAUAUCAAGGCCCAGAACUCCCACAUCGACUUGAAGAGGAUGAAGAGCUCCGGAGUCAGUUUUGGUUGUGACAGCGACCUGCUGGUGGCUCGUGAGGCUCACUUCUCAGGUCAGAGCUACCUGGACCUGGCGCUGACCAAUGUUCCUGGGCUCAGAAACAACUUCUAUGUCAGCUUCAGCUUCAGAACCAAGCACAAGGAUGGACUCAUGUUCUUCCACCAUGACAAGGACGGGAUUUUUCAGGUCUUCCUGUAUGAAGGGCAUGUGGUGGUGAGAGCAGGAAACAAUCAGGUGAAGACAUUGAAGACAUACGAUGACAACAACAGUCACUAUGUGGCCAUCUACAACAACUUCAACGGGUUGCGUAUGUACAUGGACGACAUGGUGGAGAAGUCCAAAGAGGAUGUCUGGCUGAACAGCAGAGGACAUGACUUCCCGGCCAACAUGGAGGGGCACACAUUCUUGGGGGGCAUGCCCGGUGAGAGCCUGGGCAACCUGACAGGAUGCAUCACCAAUGUCUUCAUCAGAAGGGCAACCAGUCCUCAGGUGGUGGUGAACUUUCUGAAGGUCAGAGAUAACAUCAAUGUGCCUCUCGACUGUCCGACUGCCACAAGGGCUCAACAGAUUGUAGCCAUGCCACUCAAACUCACCAGCAACCCCAAGGGGAAGCACAACAAGCUGUUUGGGUCACGCAGUCGCAACACCAGGGACUCGUGCCGGGGAGUGCUGAUGGACCAGGAAGUGGGAGCAGUGCAAUUCAGUGGCUCAACACUAAGCUACCAACGCUACGACUCACUUCCUGCUUUGCUGGGCUCUAAGGCUCACAUAUCACUCGAUGUGAGAAUUGAUUCAUCAGACGGUUUGAUCCUCUCCAUGUCGGGUCACAUCCUAACGCUGGCCGUGUCAGAUGGUCAUCUGGUGCUGUCACUGGGCAGGGAGAGGAAGGUCAGCCUGCGGAGCCGCACCAAGAUGGAUGACAAGCAGUGGCACACGGUGUUCAUUAAGCGUGAUACAGAUAAGGUCAGUGUAGUUGUGGAUGGCAUUGAUGCUCUUUCCAAGAGGAUUUCGGCUGGAUAUCAUAUACGCAUCAGCGCACCACUGUACGUGGGAGGAGUGCCAUCGCAAUCUCCAAUGUCCGCCUCCCCCUCUGGCUUCAUCGGCUGUGUCCGUGAUUUGAUGCUGCAUGAGAGCCCCGCAGGAACUCCUGCUUACAGCCAGGGCGUGGUCCCCUGUUUCCAGAAGCGUCUGCUGCCCGGCGCCUUCUUCACGGGCAAAGGAGGACACGUAGUCUUAGAUGAAUUCCUAGUCCUGGGUGGCGACCUGGCUAUUCGACUGGAAGUGCGUCUGGUAUCUAACUCUGGGCUACUGCUACAUGCUGGGACAAAGUCUAGCCAGCGUCUGAUCUUGAUGCUGCGCAGAGGAGAGGUGGUGUUGUCCCUUAACAAUGGCAAAGAUGAUGCUUCCUUGUCUUUGGUGCCAGGGGAGACACUUUGCAGUGGACGCUGGCACACCAUUGCAGUGGUGAAAAAGAAGAACAUCCUGCAACUCCAUGUGGACGCAGACAGAGAGCGUGGCACCGGACCAAAACAUGGCCACUCAACAAGGACCAGAGAGUUGGUUUACCUGGGAGGAGCUCCUGAUGGAGAUACCGUGUCGUCAGGCCUGCCUGCCUUUCGUGGCUGCAUACGUCAUGUGAACAUCAAUGGUCGCCUUUCCCCUUUUACCAAAGUUCGCGGCUCCGUGGGGACACAUGGUUGCCCUAUUGUUUAGCGCCAACACAGUCCACAACAUUCACAUUCCAUGGGUGCAAAUGAAUGGUGGCGGGUAUCAUUUAAUUAAUUAAUUUAUAUCUAUGUCAGUAUUUAUUGUCAAUUUUACAUUUGAUAUCUAUAGGAUACUCCAAUGUGUGAUUAAAUACUUGAUGUAAACGUGCACUGUGCUAUACUUUCAUGUAUUCACAUUUGUUUGUUACACUAUGCUAGCCACAUUCAUUCUUUUAUAUACUUUGAAAUUAAACUUUAAACAAUCUCAAAAUAUUUUUUUUUUAUUAGGAGUAGUUUUGCUAAUAAUUUCUUCAUUUGGGAAGCAACUUUUUAAUUUUGAGGGGAAUAUUUUUACACAGGUCACACAGGGGCCCCGAUGCAAGGGUUUUCCAUCCAUCCAUUUUCUGUACUGCUGAUCUUCACUAAGGUUGAGGAUAUGCUAGAGUUUAUGCCAGCCAAGAGGUGGGGUACACCCUGAACUUCCUCCCAGCCAAUCGCAGGGCACAUUUGAACAAACAACCAUUCACACUCACAUUUUCACCAGGACAAUAGGUUAACCAACAGCGCAUAUUUUUGGGAAUAUAUAUUUAUGUAUAUUUUUAUGUGGUUGAAGAAUAUUAUGAAUUAUGAAUGUUAUCAUUAGUAUGAGGCAACACAGUAUAGAGAGACUGGUUAGAGCGUCUGUCUCGCAGUUCUGAGGACAAAUUCAUGUUCAAACCCCAGGCCUGCCUGUGUGGCGUUUACGUGUUCUCCUAUCUGUGCGUGUUCAUGAGGUCAGAUGCAUAAAAUCUGGAGGAGGAGUUUGUAAAAUUCUGACAGCUACAAAAGGGGAAAAAUAUGUCAGACUUUGAAAGUGAAUUAAAAAUUGUAGACUUCAUGUUGAGUUGAGGUUACAGCUUCAGGGAACUUUUUUGUAGGUCAUGGGCUGUUUCACGUCUCCCAGUUUUGGUAGACCGAGGGGAAACGACCAGCCAGGGCUGCUUUAUUUUAUUUUAUUUUUUUGGUGGCCGCUAUUGAAAAUUUAAAAGUUGCACUAGAAACCUCUAAUAUUGAAUUGUUCACCAGGCGGCAGCACAGUGGCGCAGCUGGAAAACUUUGGUCUCACAGUUCUGAGGCGCUGCCUAUGUGGAGUUUGCAUGUUCUCUCUCUGCCUGUGUGGGUUUUCUUCGGGCACUCGGGUUUCCUCCCACUUCCCAAAAACAAGCAUUAAUUGGACAUUCUAAAUUGCCCCUAGGUGUGAUUGUGAGUGUCACUCUUCUCUGUCUCCAUGUGCCUUGUGAUUGGCUGGCAACCAGUUCAGGGUGUACCCUGCCUGAUACUCUAUCAGCUGAGGUAGGCUCCAGCAGUCCUGCGACCCUUGUGAGGGUAAGUGGCUAAGAAAAUGGAUGAAUGGAUGUUUACCAGGCUUUAUGAAUGUAUAAAGUUUCAUGAAUUUGGCUCCAUGUUUCGUCAUCCCUAAACACUGUGUUAUUUUCUUGUCAAACAGCACGGAAAAACACCAUGUUGCAACAGCAAAUGGAUUACACAAAUGAAAAUCUAAUAGUAAUAAGUGUGAUCUUCAAUAUUUUCAGAGGACAAUUUGAAGAUGAAAUAAAAUCUCAAGGUGGAGUUGUUUAAAAUAUGAUGUUUGUAAGAUCCCCAAAAUAGGUCAGUAUUAGGAAGUAAAUGAAAAAUGAUGGACUUGCUGUCUACUUUUUUCUCUUUUUAGGGCCGUCAUGACUGGGGGUAACAGAUUGUUUUAGUCCCCCACCCCGCU